GCUCGUGACAACGUCGAAGCCCCCAUCACCGGUUGUGUCAAAGGAAGUCUUAGUGAGAAAGCUCAUCACAGUCUUGGUGUCAAUUCCGAUGUCAUAAAACCAAGAAAUCCACAUCGAGAAAGCAACACUUACUUUGAGAAAGCAACACUUUUUUCUUUCGCAGAAAUCACCAUGACCUACUUCUAUGCGUCCACAGCUAGCAUCGCUUCGACCUCCGGCUGGGAUGAGAUCACGCUGGCGAAUGCCAUGCUGAACGUCUCACUCUCAUCGCCAGGUUUGCAACGACGGGACUCUCGAGAAAACACAUCAUCACCCAUGCAGCUCCGAAGAGCGGACGGAGGCUGGGGCAGUCAGACCACAAGACAGACUUACAGAAACGAUCUCUGCACUCUUAGUCAACACAACAGCACUGUAGCAGCUCCAGUGAAUCAACAGCCCGCGUCACCAGCACAGUCAACUGGUGAUUACUUUAACUUUGACCUGUGAACUUGAUGAUAUCCAUCGAAUAGAGCCGGUAUCGCUUUCUCACUCCGCACAACCUUCCUCGAUAAUUGUGCGCGGCAGCAUCACCAUCCAACUCUCCAAGGACGACAAGGGAACACACUCCCUCACAGCUAUCCACCUGCUACCGCUACGCUACCCCAAAUCAUUAUUUGUGGGUUCACUUGCAUUUGCCCCUUUAUACAGUACAGCACACCAGGGAUUGAAUUCAGCCAAGCCAGCAGUUUCUGGUCCUUGCAGCCUCCUGGCGCCCGCGGUGACUGGCCCUUCUAUGCCAACACUACAAUCUGACUGUUUCUCAUCAGAGCUUACAAUCAAAUAGCAAACACUUUGUAACACAGAAAUAGUACAUCAUUUUCAUUC